UCGGAGGAGAGCGCUAGCGAGAAUGAGGGGGAUCGGGCGGAUGUCCGGCGGAUUCCUAAUGAGACCGGGCGCCCGGCUGUGUCGAUGGGCCGGCGCCUGCGCAGACGCCUGCUGCAGCCCGCCCCGCAAUGCCGGAGAAGCCGGACUAUGUGCUAAAGUACUCGCUGGUGGGCCACCGCAAGGGCGUGUCGUCGGUGAAGUUUUCGCCCGACGGUAACUGGCUUGCGUCCUCGGCGGCUGACAAGACAGUGAAGCUGUGGAAUGCCUACAAUGGAAAGUACGACAAGACCUUGGAAGGCCACGCAGGCGGCCUGUCGGACGUGGCGUGGUCGUCUGACUCGCAGUACCUGGCCACGGCCUCCGACGACAAGACCGUGCGGCUGUGGAACCGCGACUCGGGUAAGUGCCUGAAGGUGCUGCGUGGCCACACAAACUACGUGUUCUGCCUGUGCUAUAACCCGCAGUCGACGCUUUUGGCCUCGGGGUCAUUUGACGAGACCGUGCGCAUCUGGGAUGUCAGCACCGGCAAGUGCAUCAAGACCCUGCCGGCCCACUCCGACCCUGUGUCUGCCGUGCACUUCAACCGCGACGGCACCAUGCUUGUGUCGUGCAGCUAUGACGGGCUCAUCCGCAUCUGGGACGUAGCCUCGGGCCAGUGCCUGAAGACAAUCGUCAACGACGACAACCCGCAGGUCUCGUUUGUCAAGUUCUCGCCCAAUAGCAAGUACAUUCUGGCGUCGACCCUCGACAGCACAUUGCGUCUGUGGAACUACCACACCGGCAAAUGCCUAAAGGUCUACAAGGGCCAUUCGAACGAGACAUACUGCUGCUUUGGCACCUUCUCCAUCACCGGCGGCAAGUGGAUUGUGUCGGGCAGCGAGGACCAGUGCAUCUACCUGUGGAACCUGCAGACCAAGGAGAUUGUGCAGAAGCUGCAGGGCCACACUGAUGUUGUCCUGUGCGUCGACUGCCAUCCGCUCAAAAACAUCAUUGCCUCGGGCUCGCUGGAAAAGGACAAGUCUGUCAAGAUCUGGAAGUUUGACUGUUAGCCCCGCAUGAGGGGUAGAACGGGGGUUUAUCUAGCUUGUC